AUGAAAAAUAUUAAUGGGUUCUAUUCUACUUCAAUAAAAAAAAAAAACUUAAGUACAUAUGAUAAAAUAAUUUUGAGAAAAUGUUCCGAAUGUUCCUGUGAUAAGGAUUUGGAAAAAAAUAAGAAAUUUUUAAAUACAUUUUAUUUGAUGUGUUUAAGAUAUUGUUUUAUUGUAUUGAUAUGUAUAGCAAUAAUAUUGAAUAAUUGUAUUUCAGAAAGUGAUAGGUGUUCCACACUAAGAUUAGAUGACAAUGUUAAUAGGAGGAUAUUAUGUGAUGUAAUUAAAGAUGGGUUAGGGGCAAGAAACAUGAAAAAGAAAAUAAGGAAGAGAACUAAUGAUAAAGAAGAUAAUAAUGAUGAAGAAAAAAAUAAUUAUGAAGAAGAUGAAAGGUUUAUUAAAUAUGAAAUUCCUGAUAGUUUAAAAAAUGAUAAUAUUGAAUGUCCCUAUGAAUACGGUGAUGUAUUUUAUGGAACACGUGGAAUAAUAAAUUAUGAAUUGAAAGGGAAUAAGAAUUCUAAGAAUGUUGUAAUUACAUUUCAUGGAUUAUAUGGAUCUAAUUUAGAAUUUUAUGAAAUUCAGCAAUUUUUAGUAAAAUCGAAUUUUCAAGUUCUUAAUUUUGAUUUAUAUGGUUAUGGUUUAUCUGCAACCCCAAAAUAUAAUGAUAAAGAAAAAACGUAUGGUAUUGAUUUUUAUGUAGAACAAACAGAAGAAUUAUUAAAGCAUUUGAAACUAGAAAAUAAGGAUUAUUAUUUAGUGGGUUUUUCUAUGGGAUGUAUAAUAGCGGCAGGGUUUACUCGUAAGCAUACAGAAAGAGUGAAAAAAAUUGUUUUAAUAUCACCAGUUGGUAUAUUAGAUGAGAAACCUUGGUAUUUAAAAAUAUUCAAAAAAUGUUCAUGUUUAAUUAAUUUGACAACUCAUAUUUUACGACCUUGUUGUUUCAGAACAUUUAAAAAAAAAAGAGUAAAUGAAUAUGAUGAUGAUGAAGAAGUGGAAGUUGAUAUUGGAGAUGAUAAUAAGAAUAAUGACAAUGAUGAUAAUGAUAUUUAUCAAAAAAAUGAAUUUUUAUAUAAUAGACUUAUGUGGCAUCUUUUUGUAAAAAAAGAUAACGUAGCACAAUCUAUAUUGGGUUGCAUAAAUAAUUUGCAUAUGUGGAGUGCUCAUCAUAUAUAUAGAGAAGUUGGUAAAACUGGAAUACCUGUUUUAAUUUUAGGUGGUAAAGAUGAUGAAUAUUGUUCAGAGGAAGUUUUUGAGAAUACAACUAGAUAUUUUAAAAACACACAUUUAAUCGUUUUUGAAGAUGCUAGUCAUUUAGUUCUAUUAGAAGAAACACGAAAAAUUAAUAUGUGUACAUUAUUAUUUUUUAAAUCACCAAAUGAUGUAUAUUUACCAGAAUUAAAAAAAAAAUUCCCUGUGGAUAGAAAUGGUCAAUAUAAAACAUAA